ACUGCAGAGGGGCAGCUCAUCUGUCAUAUCAAAACCCAGGCGAGACAAACAGAAAUAGCCUUAUUUACAGAAUCCCAAAAGGUGAACGAUAAGGUAAAGUCUCAUUCAUGUACAGCCGGGGGGAAAAAGAAAGCAAGAAAAAAAGAGUCAACCCAUCAGAUGCAUCUCAAAACAUGCAGGAUGAUUUACUGAUGGACAAAAGCAAAGCUCAGCCUCACCAGCACCAAGAGCCGUCAAAUACAGAGCCCCCAUCCACCCCGACCCCCUCCGAGCCUCCGGUCCCGGACGAGCAGAACCACGUCGGUCACAACGAGCGGGUCGCCAUGGAGUCUCCGGUGUUACCGGGUUUGGGUUUCCCUCAGGAUUCCUCUCUCUCGCCGUCGUUCGGCAGCACUUGGUCCACCAACGCCGUGGACGAAGGCUUUUUCCAAGCCGGGAUUCCGUCGGUAAACGGGACGAUGCUUUUUCAAAACUUUCCCCAUCACGUCAACCCGGUGUUCGGAGGUAAUUUUUCCCCGCAGAUGAGAAGGUCCCCGCUGAGCGUGAACCAGAGGAACCCCUACAGCCACCAGACGCUCAUCAAUAAAGUGUCCGCGUCGUCCGCGUCUUCGUCCGCCUGGAAUAACCACCAGAACGCGGUGUGGAGCUCCGCGGCGAACCCCUGGAGCGGCAGAGACCCGCGGAGGGCGCUCGGGCUCGGCGUCCCGUCUCCGCUCAACCCCAUCUCCCCGACGAAGAAGCCCUUCCCGAGCAAUGUCAUCGCGCCCCCGAAAUACCAGAGACCGGGAGCCCUGCAGAAACCCUGGAUGAUCUCCGAGCCUCCGGAGCCCUUCAGAACCGACAACAGCAACAACAUGCUGCCAUUUCAGGAAAGGAAUCGCCCGUUUGACCCAUUCAACUUGCAAACUUUGGAGAAUUCCUUAAUGGACAUGAUUGGGACAAACCAUGACAAAGGUAAACAUCACCCUGCUGCUGGCCCACCAAUGACUAUCGCUGAUAUUAUAUGGAGGAAUCAUUUUGCAGGCCGCAUGGGUCUCAACUUUCACCAUCCAGUAGCGGAACAUAUAUUACCACUGAACUCCAGGAGCUAUGGUCGCAGAAGAGGUCGCUCUUCACUGUUUCCUUUCGAGGACGGCUUCCUGGAUGACGGUCACGGUGAUCAGCCGCUGACCCCUGGCCUGAACUCGCCCACCCGCUGUCAGAACGGAGAGAGGAUGGAGCGCUACUCCAGGAAGGUGUUUGUUGGAGGACUGCCACCAGACAUCGAUGAGGAUGAGAUCACCAACAGUUUCCGUCGCUACGGUCACCUGGUGGUGGACUGGCCUCACAAAGCAGAAAGCAAAUCCUAUUUUCCCCCUAAAGGGUACGCUUUCCUGCUCUUCCAGGAGGAGAGUUCGGUGCAGGCCCUCAUUGACGCCUGCAUCGAGGAGGAUGGGAAACUCUACCUGUGUGUCUCCAGCCCUACUAUUAAAGAUAAACCAGUCCAGAUUCGCCCGUGGAACCUGAGUGACAGUGAUUUCGUGAUGGAUGGCUCUCAGCCUCUCGACCCACGCAAGACCAUUUUUGUGGGAGGCGUUCCGCGACCUCUACGAGCAGUGGAGCUGGCUAUGAUCAUGGACAGACUGUACGGAGGUGUGUGUUACGCCGGCAUCGACACCGACCCAGAACUCAAAUACCCUAAAGGUGCGGGCCGAGUGGCCUUCUCCAAUCAGCAGAGCUACAUCGCUGCCAUCAGCGCCAGAUUUGUCCAGCUGCAGCAUAAUGACAUUGACAAACGGGUGGAGGUGAAGCCGUACGUGCUGGACGAUCAGAUGUGCGACGAAUGUCAGGGCGCUCGCUGUGGAGGAAAGUUCGCCCCUUUUUUCUGUGCCAACGUCACCUGUCUGCAGUAUUACUGCGAGUACUGCUGGGCGAGCAUCCACUCGCGCGCCGGCCGUGAGUUCCACAAACCGCUGGUGAAGGAGGGAGGAGACCGACCCCGGCACGUGUCCUUCCACUGGAGCUGAUGGCCUCUCCACCCACCGAACACCUUCAGCAUCGCUCACCGACCUCCCUCUCACCCUCCGUUUUCAGAAAACAAACACCACGGUAUACCUGUCCACUGUAUCCCCUGCUUACGGACACUUAGAAAAUACGAAUUUUGAGUCCGCGUGCUCAGACGUUGCACUUUGGCGCAAACAGUCCAUGUUGACGCUUAUCGGGAUGUUGUGCUUCGAUUCUCUCAUUAUCCUUCAUCUGAUCGGUUCAGCGCUCCGUAUAGAUAACGUUAGGCAGCGUGAGACUGCAGUGCAUUUGCAAAAAGUAUCUAUUUUUAAUUUAGACUUGUCUAUAUACGCAUAGGUAACGCAUUUUUGGGUGUCGGACGUUUUAAAGAAGCAUGCACUUAUUGUGAAAAACAGAGUGGUAGGAAACUCCCCCCUAGAUGACGACAAAAAAAAAAAAAAAGUUACCAAAGGUAAAAUGAAUAUUUUACAAAUAUCAUGUUUAAGUGAGCUGUUAAAAAAAAAAAAAAAAAAAAAAAAAAACUUGAGUUAUUAGAGUAAAACACCAUUUGCUCUCCAUGUUGAAUAGUAAUACCUCAUGCAUGCAUCUCUAUCUGUUCGCUUGUUUUUUUUUUAGGCUUCAUUUUUUUACGAGUUUUUUUUAGUAUUAUCUAAAAGUAAUGCUGCAAUAGCUUUUGCUGCUAAAUCCAUGGUAUGAGUCCAUGCCGUCAUACUUUAUUCAGGCGAGCGAGCGCUCCGAAGGGUCUGCGUCUGCGUCUGCAUGCUAAACGAGUCUGCGAUGCAUGCUGUAAAAUCGGGUCUCGCUUUCAUUUCCCCCCACGAUGGAAGCACUGUGGAAGAUUGCUUCCUCCACAGAAUAAAAAAUCCAAAAGGUAGUUGCAAAUCAUUGUUAGAUAUAUAGUUUUUUUUACGUUGUUUUCUUUAUUUAUAUUUGACAAUCUGACUUUUCUUUUCAAAAUUGUGAAGAUUUUCUAAAUUGAUCAUUGAAAUUGAAAUUCUAAAAGCAGAAUUGAUGUGAAAUGAAAUGACAAUGAGGUAAAACUGCGAUUCUGAGAAGAAAAAAAUCUCGAUUCUGAAAUACAUCGAGAAAAUCGCGAGAUAAAAAGUCACAAUUACAUCUCUCUUUUUUUAUUUAUUUUUGUUUGUAUUCAUUUUUUGGUGAAGUCAGAAUUGUGAGACAUAAAGUUAAAAUUCUGUCUCGCUAUUUUGACUUUUUCCCUCACAAUUUUAAGACCAAGCUCAGAACUGUAAGGAAAAAUUGUGAUAUUACUUGAAAAAAAAAAAACAUCAUCUU